CUUAGUUUGUGGAUUCCUGGCUCCGAGCAGAGGACACAGUGGCCGCGUCCAGAGAGAGUCACCUGGAGAGCGUAGAGGCAGCCUCCGACCCAUCCCCACGGAGCGCAGCUUCUGCCCCUCUAUAGCAGUAACAGCAACGCUGCUGCCUAUAUUUAUGUAUUGAGCUACAACUCUGUCCCCAACACUCUUGACAUCCGUUCUCAGUGGUUUUCACAACAUCCUCGAAUGUGAAGCAAAAAGGUUGAUGAUUUACGCAAGGCUGAUCUUUCUUAUCCAUGCCUCAAAAAAUGCUUACUGAUCACCCUCCACAUACCAGCCUUACAGCCUCGGCUACGCCCCCUUUACCAGCUCCCCCCACCUCCGCCACGCUAGCACACCCCUUAGCUUGUCCUCCUCCCCGAGGUUUGCUGCAGCAAAAGUAAUCUCCUCCACAGCAUAUGCCCUACCACCGCCCGGUUGGGGGACUGCGCAAAGCGCUGGAAUUCACAACAAUUUAUUCACACAUCUUGCUCCUUCGUUCUCAGAAGUCCACCAGACGGGAUAUUCAAAUCUAGUACCUGAGUCCCCAGCUUGCUGUGUGACCUUGGACAAGUGGCCGCACCUUUCUAAGCCUGCUUCUCCUCGCUAAGACGAUGGUAGGUUCUAGGACUGUGUGAGGCUCUUCCCAGGCGCGCACGGUCUCCUCUCCCGUCGGAACACUCCCGACCUCCCUUUCCCAAGCUCAGCUGUGCACUCUCAGUUUCAGGCACCAGCUUUGUAGCCAACUCUAACCCUUGUUGAGGCAGGCCCUGAGAGCUGAAGGUGUUCCCCCCGCUGUCCCCGCCCCCAUCCUCGGGUGUGAUCUGCCUUUGGGGCCACACUGAGCACGAGGCGCCCAGGCCAGUGGGGGAGCGCUCCCGCGCGCUGCAGCUUCGCGGUGCCGGGUCUCCGCUUCGCCGCGCUUUGGGAAAUGCCAGAGGCAGCUGGAGCCUGAACGCAAAGGGGAAGCAGGGUUGGUGAAGCUACCCCAGUGACAGCAUCCUCCCUGAGAGCCCGCGCACGCUCCUCCCUCGCACUCUUUUGCGCCUAAGAGGACCUUCUCCCGGACCAGUCGGAUCCAGCCUCUCAGCGCAGUCGUGCAGUCGUGCGUCCCUAAACCAGUUAAGCGGAAUCGGCAGCAUGUGGAAUGCGACGCGGAGCGAGGAGCCGGGGCCCAACCUCACGCUGCCUGACCUGGGCUGGGACGGUCCCCCCGAGAACGACUCACUGACGGACGAGCUGCCACCCCUCUUCCCCGCGCCACUGCUGGCGGGCGUCACAGCCACCUGCGUGGCGCUCUUCGUGGUAGGCAUCGCGGGCAACCUGCUCACCAUGCUGGUGGUGUCGCGAUUCCGCGAGCUGCGUACCACCACCAACCUCUACCUGUCCAGCAUGGCCUUCUCCGACCUACUCAUCUUCCUCUGCAUGCCCCUCGACCUGGUGCGCCUCUGGCAUUACCGGCCCUGGAACUUCGGUGACCUGCUUUGCAAACUCUUCCAGUUUGUUAGCGAGAGCUGCACCUACGCCACGGUGCUCACCAUCACCGCGCUGAGCGUCGAGCGCUACUUCGCCAUCUGCUUCCCGCUGCGGGCCAAGGUGGUGAUCACCAAGGGCCGGGUGAAGCUCGUCAUCCUGGUCAUCUGGGCCGUGGCUUUCUGCAGCGCCGGGCCCAUCUUCGUGCUGGUCGGAGUGGAGCAUGAGAACGGCACCGACCCUCGGGACACCAACGAGUGCCGCGCCACCGAGUUCGCGGUGCGCUCCGGACUCCUCACCGUCAUGGUGUGGGUGUCCAGCGUCUUCUUCUUCCUGCCUGUCUUCUGCCUCACUGUCCUCUACAGCCUCAUCGGCAGGAAGCUGUGGAAGAGGAGACGCAGCGAGGCGGCGGUGGGCGCCUCGCUCAGAGACCAGAACCACAAACAAACCGUGAAGAUGCUGGCUGUGGUGGUUUUUGCUUUCAUCCUCUGCUGGCUGCCCUUCCAUGUAGGACGAUAUUUAUUUUCCAAAUCCUUCGAGCCUGGCUCUGUGGAGAUCGCUCAGAUCAGCCAAUACUGCAACCUUGUCUCCUUCGUCCUCUUCUACCUCAGUGCCGCCAUCAACCCUAUUCUGUACAACAUCAUGUCCAAGAAGUACCGGGUGGCAGUGUUCAAACUUCUGGGAUUUGAACCCUUCUCCCAGAGGAAGCUCUCCACCCUAAAGGAUGAAAGUUCUCGGGCCUGGACAGAAUCUAGUAUUAAUACAUGAUCAAGCAUAUUGCUCAGUAAAGUCAUCGCUCAUUUAUAUAUACCAUAAGCCAUAGCACAGCAGACUUGGGAGGAAGUAUGAAGCUUAAUUUUAGAAUUAGGGGCACAUAGGUCUGAAGACAAUUGGGAGCAAGAAAAGAUACACUUUGUAGUGUGUGAGCAGUUUGAUUUGAUUGCACACUCAUCAGUGCUAUCAUACAUGAUUUCUGCAUAUUUCACUGCCUAUCAUUUUUGCAUUCUACUGUUGGUGCUAGCAAGGGCUCUGCAGUUCAGAGAAGGAAGUGUAGAGAGGGCAAUUAGGUCACUUUUUACUAGACAAAUUCUAGCUUUAAUUUCUUUUUCAUAAUGAUAAUUUUUUAUUAAAAGAAUAAAAAAUUUAAAGCAUGACUUUCAGAAGCUAGCAAAUUUCAUAGAGUUCCAAAUCAGUGCUGUUCAAGAGAAAUAUGAUGCAAAGUACUUAAGAAAUCAAUAUAAAAUUGUUAAUGAGAAUUUUAUGUUUUUUAUGAUAAAGUCUUUAAAAUCUGGUUUGUUUUUUA